ACAAACAUCUAGGAAUAAAUUUGAAAAUAUGACAUCUAUUGUAUAUGAAGAAAAUCUCUCAACUGUACAGAUAGACAUAAAAGAAGAUGAAAUUGGUAUCUUAUUCUUGAUAGAAAACUAAAGCAGGACUCUCUCAUUUGUCAAUACCCUCCAGUCAAAGACCACCAGGAACACAUUUGUAGUUGAACGAAUGGGUUUAUUACUCUUGCCCCCUGGGACAGCUCAAUAAGUGGGUGUUAGGAAGGAUUUAUGGGAUCCCUGCUUGUUAGGUGACUUGGGGGAGGGCUUAAGGAAGUGGGGCUUCUCUCUGGAUUGUAUGCUGUCGGGAAGUGGAAGUAGUUCUGUGAUGGAAUAAUGUUAACAAAUCUCAAUUAGACUGAGGCUAAAGCUGUAAUUGGUAAAGAAACAAGUCAUGUAUAAUCCAAGAUAGAGGGAUGUUUAAUCAUUUUUGUGGCUUGGACAAUGCUUGUGCCUUUGUCCAUUUUCACAUGAUUACAGAGUGACCUUGUUUUUCUCUCGAUCCCUCAUGUCACAGAGUGACCUUGUCUGAUAAUCUUUGGAAUUGUUCAUGUUCAACAGAACACCAAGGCCAGCUCCAGAUGUCUGGGGACGUUUUUCUCUUUCUCAAAUCUAUGAAUUAAAUGCAACUUUAAUCUUAAUCACCAGUUCGUAUGUGUUUGUUUUAUGAGAAAACUUGAUACGUAAGUUGGGUAUCUUUACAAAUAAACAUUAGAGAAGAGUUAAGAAACCAAAAAAGUAUUGUGAAAACUAAAAGACAUUAAAAAAGGUUGAUAAAUUUGACUACACAAAAUAAAAUUCGCCUGUGUAAUAAAAAAUCGAAUAUACACAGAUUUGGAAAACAAACCACAGAUUCGUAUGAAAUACCUUCAACUCAUUUGAGGACGAGCUGAUGUCCCUCAUAAAAUUUAAAAGAACCUCCCUACCAAUCAACAUAAAAGAUUUACUUUUUGGAAUCGUUUUAAUUUUUUAAAGUAAAAAUGUACCAUUCUACACCUGGAACUAAUAUAAUAUUGUGUAUCAGUAGAAAAAGAUUUUAGUUAAAAUAAAAAAUACGCCAUUGAAAAACGCUUCAAGACCAGAUGGUUAGAAAGUCGCCCUGCUGCACUAAAGUUGCCACGGUUGUGUUUGAUCCCUGGUCAGGGCACAUACAAGAACCAACCAAUGGAUGCAUAAAUGGGUGGGGCAACAAGUCGAUGCUUUUUCUCUCCCCCCCUAAAGUAAAUAAAUCAAACUUUAAAAUUUCAAGAAAAUAAAAAACUGGGACUUAAACACAGGGAGGUGGGGCUUGCAAAGGAGCCUCAAAGACGGACUACGCUUCCCAGGAGGCUCUGCGCCGGCGGUUCAGGGCGCCCCGGGAGGCUUCGCGCGCUUUUCGCGCUACUCGGGUCUCAGUCAGCGAGACACCGCAGCUGGGCAGAGGAUGGAGAGCGGCGACGGCGACGGCGACGACGGGAAGAAGCACCGCAUCCACCUGCGCCCCCUUACUCUGCGCAACGCCGCCCCUGUCACGCUGCACCUUCUGCCGUGUGAGGUCCGGGUGAGCCGGCCCGCCCCUGUGGGGCGCUUCUUCACCCCGGCCAUCCGCCAGGGCCCCGACGGACUCGAAGUGUCGUUUCGGGGCCGCAGCCUGCGGGGCGAGGAGGUGGACGUGCCGCCCGGCCUCGUGGGAUACGUGAUGGUGAUGGAAGAGAAGGGAGACGCGUCGGUGGGGAAGCAGGACUAUUCAGAGGGUUCGGGCAGUGCCGAGCUGGAGCGGGACUUCGACCGCUUCAUCCGCGCCUCCGCCAGUUUCAGCCGCUUCACCCUGUGGGGCCUGGAGGCCAUCCCUGGCCCGGAUGCCAAAGUACGUGCCGCCCUAACCUGGCCCAGCCUCGCCGCAGCGAUCCAUGCACAGGUGCGGGAGGACUGACGACCAACCACAGCUUGAAAUUGAAAGCCACCAAUCCCUUCACACCAAUAAACGAGCUCUUCACUUUGGA